AUGAGUCCACGUGCGCGUCGUGCGUGGUACUCUCCGCUCAAGACUGCCACGGAAUGGCAGAGUCUGUCCUUUGACGCCCCGCAGCGGUGCAAUGGAAGGAGGGUGCAACGCUGUGGUUCUCUGUCCGCAUCGGCGUCUCUUACGAGUCUCCCGGCUGUCCGACAUCUUCACUUGACGAGGUUCUCCCAGAUCCUGGUCGGGAUGGCGGAGAUGGGCGGCCAGGGCACCGACGCGAAGGACUGGAGCUCCCUUCCACGUGACGUCCUUUCACACGUCGUGAAGCUGCUCGCUGAGGGCGAAAAUCACAGCGCGAUCGCAAACAUGCGUCUUGCGUGCAAGGAAUGGCACGCGGUCACCAGCUCGAGCGUGGUGAGGCUGCACCCAAGGGGAAUGCCUGCGGGGCGGAGCGGAGAGAACGGGAACGCGCCGGUGUUCCCCUGCCUCAAGGCGCUCGACUUCUCGCACCUCCACUUCCUCCGCUCGGACCCGUACAGGGAGCUCCAUGCGGGCUGGCCGAUCGACUGGUCUGCGCUGACGGAGGUCACCCUGGACGGGAACUGCCCCUUCGUCACCGAAUGGGCGCUCUCCGCUGCGCUCCAGGGCCUCUCGAGCCUCCAGAAGCUGGUUCUGGACGGCAGCUACGCGGUCACAGCGAUGACGCUGCACCAAAUCGCCGGCAUGUCCACGCUGCGCAGCCUGAGCCUCGCCGAGUGCCCGAGGGUGGACGACAUCGCGCUCGCCGCCCUCGGAGGCACGGGGCCGGAGCUCCUGGCGUACGAAAUCGUGCACACCAUCCUCGCAACACAGGGAAGCGCCGGCUGGUUUUCUGAAGAACCUUCGGUGAGGGGAGUCGUCGCGUGGCUCCCGACUGUGAGGGUUCUCAACGAGAUCUGGGCCGAUGGGCACGCCCGGAAGCUUCCCCAGACGCACGUCACGGAGGCGCGGGCCAUCGCUGCGUCGCGCGCCGGCGGCGUCGCCGCCACCCGGGAAGAAGCCAUGGCUGCGGGUGCGGCGCUGCUCGACAUCUGCGCAGAUACGUUCCGCGGGCACAUGGAGGACGAAAUGGAAGAGAGCGACAUCGAGGAGUUCUAUGGCGAGCCCACGGGGCUGUCCGCUGAGCAAGUCCGGCCAGCAAUGGAGCACGUAGCAACUCUCAGCCACUGCAAGCCCAAGGACCUGAUCGAGCUGUGCGCCGCACUCCUCGAUAUCAGGCCUCCGAAGGCGCCGCCUGUCGCAAGGCUGCGCGACACGUGGGCCAAGACUGUGUCGGAGCCGCCGUGCUGCAGCGGCCUCGUCGACCUGAACUUGCGCGACACGUACGGCACCGACGUGGCCCCGUACGUCCUGGCGCGUCUCACCGCGCUCACGCGGCUGGCCGCGCCCGUGCUCAACGUAGCCAGCCCGUACUCGGUCGAGGCUCUCGCGGAGCGGCUCCCUGACCUGCGCAGCCUCUUCACCGACAUCGUCCAGACGUGGGACGCGGCCCCUGCGCCCAUCAGUCAGACCUGGCCUGACGAGGCAUGGACGUACGUCCCCGGGCACACCCGGCCGCUGCUGCCGCACCUCGAGAGCAUCGAGAUCGAGCAGCCGUCGCGCCUGACCGGGCGGGCGCUGCAGCGGCUCCUGCGCGGCGCUUCGAACUUCACCAGCCUCUGCAUCCAAGGCUGCCCGUCGUCGCUGAGCUUCGCGGACAUACGCGGCGCGCUGGCGGACGCGAGCGCCGUCACGUCGCUCGUGCUGAAGGACAUGCACGCGCCUGACGCAGGGGGCGACCUGCGGGACCUGCUGUUGGCGCCGCAGCUCGAGCACCUGCGAGUACUGGACCUGGGGCGCGCGUUCGCGCUGGAGGACCACGUUCCGGACUCCUGGGAGGCGCACCUGGGAGCGGCGCUGUCGUACCUGACGCAGCUGACGCGCCUGAGCCUCCGCGGGUGCCACUGGCUGCGCGGGAGCUGCUUUGCGAACCUCCGGGCGGGGCAGCUGCCGCACCUGCGCGAGCUGCUCCUGGACGGCGUCUCCGUGGCCACGGCGAGCGACGAGGGCAUGCUGUGCCUGGCCCGCGCGACGCCGGGCCUGCACGUCCUCAGCAUCAAGCACGGGGCCACUGGCGAUGGCUUCUGGCAGCACGUGUCGGAGCUGUGGGGCGACCUGCGCGAACUCGACGUCUCGCACUGCUACGGGAUGCGCAGUGCGGGCGGCGCGGCCCUCGCGCGGCUGCCCAAGCUGCGCUACCUGAACAUCGACAUGCACGACGGCAAUCACACCCCCUACGAGCCUCGAACCCUCUCGGCCCUCCUCGCGCACCCCACCCUGACCUGCCUCGUCGCACUGUGCGGCGCGGGCACGCACGGGCCGCUCCAGCCAGGCGUGGUUCCGCCCGUGCCGAGCCCCUGGAUCUCCGAACUGAACUUGCAAGGGUUCGGGAACCUAGGGGCGGAGGACGGGCGCCGCAUCGGCACGUCAAUGCGCUCGCUGCGGUCGCUGACGUUCAGCGCGCAGUCCACGGACGUCGCCUUCGUCGACGCGCUCCUGGACAGCCCCGGGAUCGAUCGGCUGCGCAAGCUGUGCCGCGUGCGCGACGCCACGUUCACCGCGACCGCCGAGCUCACCGGCGCGGUAGAGAUCCUGUCACCGCUGGAGCCGACGAUGAUGAAGCUCGCGCGGCUGACGCGUCUCACCCACCUCGAGCUGCACGACUGCACCGGGCUGUCGGACGCGGUCAUGGCCGCGGUCGCAGCGCACUGCCCGCGCCUGGGCGUGCUGGACAUCUCGGGGUGCGACUGCGUGACAGACGCGGGGCUGCAGGCGCUGGCGCGCGCACAGCCCGCGCUGACGAUGCUCGCGAUCAACGGCUGCGACUUCUGCAUCGAGGAGGAGGCCGGGGCGGCGAUGCAAGCCAGCGCAGACGCAGGUGACUCCUCCGAUGCAGAGCUAGGCGGGGGCGAGGGCGGGGGGCCGGAGGCGACGCUCGGGCUGCAGGGGCUGCGUGACCUGCUCUACUGGUGCAGCGACGGGCUCGGAAGCGUGUCUGCGCGGGGCUGUCCACCGUGGGUGGUGCAGGUUGUGGAACAGACGCUCAACUCCCGCGAUUCGGAGUCGCGCGCGCCGCCGCUGAUGAUCCUGUGA